AUGGAUGACAAGGUCAAACAGCACUAUCUGGCUGACUCGCCUCCCUCGGUGGUCAGACUGGAAAUCAAGUCGCACUUUGAUGCUCUCCAGGAUGAAUCUCUUAGGAAAUAUGCCCACUUUAUGAGCCGAGCGGCAUUUGAAGGAACUCGCGUUACCUUGCGUCAGGUUUCCCCAGAAUCUGAACCCAUCUACGAUCUCAUCCUCUCCCUCCACCACGCUUGCAAUGGUGACUGGAAGAGCUUGGCCCAGAAGACCCAAGUCGCUGAUGAGCAUCUCCGGUUCUUUCUCGAAUAUGCGGCUCAAUUCUUGGGCAACUGCGGUAAUUACAAGGGAUUCGGUGACUCCAAGUUCAUUCCCCGUCUGCCACUCUCUGCUCUGGAGACGCUGGCAUCCAUCGCACCUGAAACCAAGGCGGCCUUCCAAAAAGCGAACACUACCGGAGGGGGCAUCUAUGAGACUAGUGAGCAGUCUAUGAUGCACCUUGGUUACCCCACGAGUGGACACAUGACCACCUAUUAUCCUGACUCCCCUACUAUCACCAAAGACGAGAUUACCGCUAUUGGUGACUUGAUGGAGAAGAAGGGCCUGGCUCUGGAGAACACAAGAAUUCGCAAGACGUCAUCGGGUGAUUUUGAGCUUCUAAUAGCAUCGGGGAUUUCUAGACCCCCGGUUGGAGAUCGUGACCUCGGAGAACAGGACAGUUUUGAGCUUGAUGGAAGCCUGAAGGGGAAAACAGUGCGCCUUGUGUUUGGAGAUCAUCUGGAGGAGAUGGCCAAGAUUUCCCACUCGAUCAAACAGGCAGAGCGCAACGCGGCGAACGAGAACCAGAAGCAAAUGUUAGAGUCUUAUGCCCGCACAUUCGGUACGGGAUCUAUCGAGGCAUUCAAGGAGAGUCAGCGCAUCUGGGUGAAAGACCAGAAGCCUGUUUUGGAGACAAAUCUGGGCUUCGUGGAGACCUAUCGUGACCCCCACGGAGUUCGUGGAGAAUGGGAAGGCUUGAUCGCUUUGGUUAACAUGGAACGAACUCGGGCAUUCGGUGCGCUGGUAGACAGUGCCGAGAGCAUGAUCCCCAAAUUACCCUGGGGUAAGGAUUUUGAGAAGGACAAGUUCCUUAGCCCGGAUUUCACUUCACUCGAGGUGUUAAGCUUCGCUGGGUCGGGUAUUCCUGCUGGUAUCAAUCUGCCUAACUACGAUGAUAUCCGCCAGAACUUGGGCUUCAAGAACGUGUCUCUAGGUAAUGUUCUGAGUGCCAAAGCCCCCAAUGAGCCCAUCCCUUUUGUUGCCGAGGCGGAUCAGGAGGUUUACCGCCGGUGCCGUGAUCCUGCUUUUGAGGUUCAGGUCGGUAUUCAUGAACUGCUCGGUCACGGAACCGGCAAGCUGCUGCAAGAAACAGCCCCUGGUGAAUACAACUUUGAUGUCUCCAACCCGCCGAUCAGCCCUGUGACAAACAAGCCCGUGACGAGCUGGUACAAGCCCGGCCAAACAUGGAGCUCAGUGUUCGGAGCCAUUGCUGGAUCGUAUGAAGAGUGCCGUGCUGAGUGUGUAGCCAUGGUGCUCGGAUGUGAUUUUGAGAUCCUGAAAAUCUUUGGAUUCGGCAAUGGCGUCGAGGAUAUGAGUAGCGAAGCUGGUGAUGUUCUCUUCGCCGCAUACCUUCAAAUGGCUCGCGCUGGUUUGGUUGCAUUGGAAUUCUGGGAUCCAAAGACUCAAAAGUGGGGCCAGGCUCAUAUGCAAGCCCGGUACAGUAUCCUCCGCACUUUCCUCGCUGCGGGCGAUGACUUUGUCAAGCUGUCGUUCACCAAGGAUGAUCUGUCAGAUCUGGAGAUCCGUCUGGAUCGGUCUAAGAUUUUGACCCACGGGCGCCCUGCCGUGGAGAAGUACCUGCAGAAACUUCAUGUUUACAAGAGCACCGCGGAUGUUGAUGCUGGCAAGGCCUUGUAUGACGAGAUCACAUCUGUGGAUAGCUGGUGGGGAACACAGGUGCGUGAGGUUGUCAUGAAGAAUAAGGUUCCUCGAAAGGUCUUUGUGCAGGCAAAUACUAUCCUAGAGGGAGACAAGGUCACAUUGAAGGAGUAUGAGCCGACUCUCGAGGGCUUGAUCCAGAGCUAUGUUGAUCGCAAGGUCUAA